AUGAAGAAAAGUUGGACCGUCAAAAUUCAAGUUAUAGAAUGUGGUCAUAAACAACUUAGUAACGCAAAAAGAGAAUUUAGGAGACUCAUGUUUGUAGACACACAGGGGACAAGAGUGUCGGCCUUAAUCUAUAGUAGUGACCUUGAUUUUUUUGAAAAUACAUUCAAACCAUACAAUCGCUAUCAAAUUUCAAAUGCAAAUUUGAGACUCACAGAACCACGUUUUCAACUCGAUAGCUAUGAAUUUUCUUGGACACUAAGCAAACAAACACUGAUUGAACCCAUCGAAGAACAAACCCCACCGCCACUCCCAUGCCAAUUUAACUUUACCCCAUUUAGUGACCUAUACAAGGAUGUAAUCAUUGUAAAUGAGGAGAAAAAACUUUUACUUCUAACAUUAUGGAAUCCCAUCGAUGAAAUUGAAGGAAAUGCCUUGGACAAAAUAACCAAUACUGGGCCUUUGGUAUUUGCAAUGAGGGUAAAGGUGACAACAUUCUAUGGACAAUCACUCACUACAAGCCCCGGAUCUUCAAUUCUUAUAAAUCCACCGGUGAAAGAUGAUCUAAAACUACAAGACUGGUACACACACAACAAAGCAGAAAUUAAAGCACUCCUUCAGAAUGAAACAUACAAGGAUACUGAGAUUCUUUUGCCACCUCCCGAAGACAAAGACAUACUUCCAAUAGGCAGGGCAAUUCUAAGGAUGAAAAAUGUAUGA